UCAAAAGCUACCUACUCCUCAGGAGUACGGAUGAGAUGUCGGCUAGCCAUUUCGGAGCCGGAGAAAAACUGCUACGCGAGCGCUCGGCUGCGACAGAGCAGCGACGUCGCUACUGGCGCAACCAAUCGCGCGUCUCGUUCUCUCUCUCUCUCUCUCCCUUAUCAUUUUUUUUUUGUCGCGCAUGCGCAUGAGGUUGUGCCGCAGGAGUUUGCGGCGUACAGUCGAUGGACGAACGCACGAAUCGGCUAGCCAUAUACAGCUUCGCUGUAAUAUACAUAAUAAUUCAGCAGGAGUACGCCGAGUGCAAUUUAACUGGAUGGCGAUUCAACCUCUAUUUGAAGUUCACCAAAGACAAUACGUUCCUGGGCGAGUUGGGGUUGAGAAAGGCGCGGAGUCCCUUAGCACGGCAUUUUUAUCGCGUCACCCCUUGCGUGGAGGGAGUAGGAGGACCAUCACACUGCUAGUAGAUUUUUUGACCGCACCAUCUUCGGUCACGUUUUUAGACUGCGUUACCUUCGGAAUCGGCCCACGAAAUAACGCUAGGAACCCAGAUACCCAAUACAGUAAAGUGGGGGUAACCCGCUAAAGUAGGCAUUGCAUUGAAAGCUACAAACCGUCCUGUUUCUUUAGCGACUGUAUCUGUCUAUUCUUUUGUUUCAGUACUGAUGAACAGAACUCGGAGCCCCUGGUACGAAAUUACAGCCGUGUCCAUUUCGCCGCACGGAAUUCUCCAGGACAUCUCCAUCAUGCUCCUGCUGGGCUUCCUCGUGUUCCUCUAUUUGCUUUACCGUGCCCUGGCACUGCAUCUGUUCUCGAGACAGAAGCUGGAACCGCCGCCGCAGAAGUCUCCAGACCAGGAGGAUCAGGACGUUGCCACCGAGAGAGCGGCCGUCGAGUUCAUCUGUAGGCAGAGACGCUUCCACCAGCAUACGCUCGUGGUGCGAAGCCUGCACAAGGUGUUCGGCCCGGUGCACGCCGUGCGAGGGCUCUGGUUCGCACUGAAGCCCGGUGAGUGCUUCGGCCUGCUGGGUGUGAACGGCGCUGGCAAGACGACCACGUUCCGAAUGCUAGCCGGCCUAAUCCGGGCGACGUACGGCGACGCCUACAUGAAGGGCGCCGUCCUGUCCGACGAGACUCGGAAGUGGCAAUCGAAGCUGGGCUACUGUCCUCAGGGCGGAGCGCUGUUGGACAAGCUGAAUGCCUACGAGAUGCUGUACCUCUUUGGUCGCCUUCGUGGCGUUCCCGAAGACGUCCUCCCCGGGGCGGUGGAUCAUAUCAUAUACGUUACUGACCUCAGCGAUCAGGCGGCAAAGAGGUGCCAGCACUACAGCGGCGGCAACAGGCGCAAGCUGUCCAUGGCCGUGGCCCUGAUCGGCCUCCCCGGGCUGGUGCUGCUGGACGAACCGUACGCCGGCGUCGACGUGCUGGCCAGGACGCGUAUACACGAGGCGCUCAACCCGCUCAAGAACAGGACCAAGACCACCAUCGUGCUCACCUCGCACAGUAUGGAGGAGUGCGAGCUCUCCUGCGACCGGAUAUGCAUCAUGGUCGAUGGAGAGAUGGUCUGCCUGGGAACGCUGCAGCACAUCAAGGACCGGUUUGGCAAAGGAUACAAGCUGCUGUUCACACUGGAAGAAGACACGUGGGACGCUGUCGAGAAGCUCACCAAAGGCGUGCUCAAUUCGCUGCCGGAAAUCACGGUUGUUGACGUGCGCCGUAGAGUGCUCGAGUUCCGCAUGGAGGGCAAGCUUCCCUGGAGCACGUUGUUCUACAAGCUGGCCGUCUUGGAGAAGGAAUUUCCCUUCGAGCACGUCCUCGUGUCUGACAACACCCUGGAGCAGAUCUUCAUCGAGUUCGCUCGGAAAGCGCACGCGGAGAAACCCAGACAAACUAUUACUGCUACUUCCACCACCGUUAGUACGAACGCAACCGACGUGUAACCAGUCAUCGUUAUCCCAGGGACCGUUAGAAAACAUUCGUACUGUCUUAUUCAUGUGCGCGAUUUAAUUGACGCCCCACGUGUUUUUUUUUUUUUUUUUUAAUCUGAGAAUUCGUGUUGACGUACCUGCAAGGAAGUCUACUUUUUGAAUACCUCAUGUUUUCUAUUAACCUUACUCCUGCUAUUGUCACAAAUCCUUCUUUUUUCUUGUCAUGCAUUGUCUAUUUGCCUAAUAAAUUGUGUUUACCUGCUA